AUGUUCACGUUCGUCUGCUUGGAUAGACUCGAGGAAGCCAUGUCCAGCUGUGCUUAUUUGGUCGAUAGAAUGGCAGACACCUUUUUCGAAUUAGUUACCAUUAACGUUUUACUUCUUUCUUUCUUUUUUAGUAAUCUUAUUUUGAUCAAGGCCCAAAAAAUAAUUUCAGAUUCAUUCUUCAAUUUUAUUAUCCAUUUUGUCAGUCUGUUAACCUCUUCGGCUGUAUAUCGUAUAAUUCCGUCCUUUCUUAAAUUCCUAUCUUUCACACUCUCCCGCAUACAGAUAUAUACACACUAUCUCUCUAUCUCUCUAUCUAUCUCUAUCUCUCUAUCUAUCUCUAUCUCUCUAUCUUCAUAUCUAUUUAUUAACUUUUUCUUACAAUCUCACUUCGUUUUUCUUUUUCCUUCCUUAUUUCUUUGUUCUAGUCUGUUCAUAUCCCUUCGCCUCUUACUCGUCGUUCAUUCCAAUUGUUAUAUCCGGGCGUGUCUGAGAAUAUGUACUUUUCGCUUAUUAUUUAAUCUUUUCUUUCUUUUUUUUUUUCCAUUUUCUUUAUUAUAUUCUUUUUUUUUUUCUUUCUUUAUAUUAUCCCUCUUUUUUAUUUUGCUUUCUUUUUCUUUACUCCUCUUUCUAAUCUUUUUUCUUUUCUUUUUCUUGAAUCUAUUCCUCUUUUCGUUUUUCUUUCUUCUUCUUUAUUAUACGCCUCUUUCUAAUCUUUUAUUUCUUUCUUUUUUCAAUCCCUUUUUUAUUUUCUCUUUAUUAUACGCCUCUUUCUAUUUUUUUAUUUCUUUAUAUAAUAUAUUUUUAAUUUUUUCUUUUUUCUUUCUUUUUCUUUGUUCAAUCCCUCUUUUUAUUUUUCUUUAUUUUUCUUUAUUAUACGCCUCUUUUUAUCAUUUCUUUCCUGCUUCUAUUACCUGUAAAUACAAUUUUCGAAAUAUUAUUGUUUCUUUAUAUUAA